UCAAAUCCUGGCCGUGUUGACGUUUGUGCCAGCUGCUACACUCAAAACAGAAAACAGCAAUGAGGAGGAAUUUAGUGAAAAUGAACGUUAUCGGUAAAGCAGCUCCUUGGAAGUGGUGUGCGGGUCUUUUUCUACUUUGACCGUGACAUUAUGCUCAUUUACAGGCCGACAGCUGCCGGAUUUCAGACAUCCCGGCGACCGUUCAGCUGUUAAGUCGCUGUUGCAUUUAUCCACACUGCUUAUGUUUGAUUUUCACGUGUAAACGGACGUGUCAUUAUCAGAGCUCGGGGAACUUGCCGUUACCGAGCAUGUUUACCGCAUCACACGGUGCUUUUUGAAACACUGGCCGACGUGAAAUAGCUAACUGAUCGCUUAAGUUGCAACAAUGGCCUCGGCGCUGAGUUGCUUCAGUGGUCCCGAGGUGCUGGAGGACGCCAAUCACGCUCGGGGUUUGAUGGACGGGUUGAAGUUGCUUUACGAUUGCCGGCUGCUCGGGGACGUUACUAUCGGAGUUGAGUGGGAAGAGGAGUCUUUGGAGCACAGCGGCAACCCCACCAGAGGUGCCAUCGACCAACUUUUCUUCUGCAGCCGCAACGUCCUGGCAGCUGCUAGCCCCUACUUCAAAAGCAUGUUCACCGGUGGGUUAAACGAGAGCGUGCAGGAAACUGUGGUCAUCCGCGGGGUCGAUCCUGAGUCUAUGUCCGUCAUCAUCGAUUACUGCUACACUGGCAGGGUGACCAUCACGGAGAGUAACGUGCAGAGGCUGUAUGCAGCGGCCAACAUGCUCCAGCUGGAGUACAUCAGGAAAGCUUGCUCCAGUUUCAUGACAAGGAGACUGGACUUGUCUAACUGUGUGGGGGUACUGAAAUUUGCUGACACCUAUGAUAACCCCGAGCUGAAGGAGAAUGCGCAAGCUUUCAUUGCCAGGAACUUCGGCCUGGUGUGUAAUGGGGGGGAUCUUUGCGAGCUGGACCUGAAGCAGCUGAAGGAGUUGCUGUCUCUGGACACCCUGGAUGUGGAUUGUGAGAAGAAGGUGUGCUCGGCUGCUUUGCAGUGGAUCGAGGCGAACGCAGCACAGAAAAAAGAGGAUGCGCUGCAGGCACUAAAGUGUGUCCGCUGGAACUUGUUCACUGAGAAGGACAAGUGUUACCUGGAGAGCCUCAUGGCAAGGCCUUUCAUUGAGAAAUACCUGGCAUCAUUUUUUAACAAGUCCCCCGAGGACGGCUGUGUCAUGUCUGCUACUCUGGAUGUGCCAAAACACAGAAUAGGUGUGAGCGCAAAAGAGAUGAUCCUCUUCUUUGGCCUACCUAAUGACAACAUAAUGUGCUGUGACCCAUACUCGGAGGAUCUGUACUUCAUGGCCCCUCCUUUAGAGGAUCUGAGCAGUCAGGAUUACAAACGCUCCACCAUGGAGUCCUUAAUUGCCUGUGCCACCCCUGAAAACAACUUGUACUUGGCAUCCCACCUCUCGAAACACUUCUGGCUUUACAACCCUGUGCUCAACAGCUGGCAGGAGUUGGCAGAGAGGCCACUGGGCAGAAUACAUUCUGGAAUGGGCUACCUCAAUGGGCACGUGUACCUUCUGGGAGGAAGAAACCCGGUGACGGAUGCCAGACUGAAGGAGGUGGAGUGUUACAGCGUCCAGAGGAACCAGUGGACGUUUGUGGCUCCUCUGCCUCAUUCUCUGGGUAAAAUGCAGGUGGUAGCCCUACAUGACCACUUGUACGUGGUGAACAAAAGGCGAAUGCUUUGCUACGAUCCCAAGAGGAACCGCUGGCGCCACUGUGGGUCACUGAGGCGAGACAAGCUUCACAAGGCCUGCGUGUUCCAGGACCAGAUCGUCUGUGUGUGCGACAUCCCUGUGGUGAAAGCCUACAGCCCCACUAGGGGUGAGUGGAAGAGGCUCGGCGACAUUCCCAUCGACAGCCGAGCUCUAAAUUACCAGGUGAUCCAACACAACGGCAAGCUGCUCCUCCUCACUCAGACUUUACUGCAGCACAACAAGAACAGAGUCCUAAUCCACGAGUACGACCCGGCCAGGGACACGUGGAAGAAUAUCAUGGCGGUGUACGUGUCCACGCUGGGGCCCGUAUGUGUUUCAACGCGUGUUUACCCAGCGUGCCUUAGCUCUGCCCACAGCUUCUCCACAGAGGAGGACGAUGACAGUGGCUCCAGUGCAGACUGGGAUUUUGACGGGCUGACAGACGCAGAUUCAGACUCUGGCAGCUCUAGCUCAUUCUCUGAUGAGAACUGGUAGUGAAAUGUGUUGCAAUGUCAAAAUUAAUUAAAUUAUUGGGUUUUUACAGGUUGGUUUUGUCUAACGGGGAGCAUUGAAGUAUUUAUUCAGUGUUAAAACAGUCCGGAGAAGCACAGGUUGUUAAAAAAUGUAUAUUUUCGUACGUCUGAUCAGUAAAGUUAAUAUUGGGACACAUAAAACCAGAGAAAAUGUUUACUGUGCCUCUUUCACAGCAUUUCUGCUGGGCAAAUACAGGGGUUACUAAUUGGGAAUAAUUGCAAUUCUUUGCAAUAAUUGCUGGAACUGAGCCUUCACUUAACGCUGUUACUUCCAACCUUGCUUUUCCUGGUUCAAAAAUGUCAGAGAAUCUGUGGAACUACACUUGAUCCAUGUGGAAACAGAGUGGCAGUGAAAAUGGAUUAGCAGUAGUGCUUUGCGUCUUUUGCGUGCCACACCUAAAGGUUUCACAUGGAUGCCACAUCUGUAAUGCUUUCGUCACAUGCUUCCUGAGGACCUUCUCUCCUAGCUCGUAGAGCCUGUGAGAGAUUUGUCCACGCCAAACUGGAGCUGAGAUAUUUGAGUGAUGUCGCUUGACAAAGCUGUACCAGAGAGCUACAGAAGAACCUAAAGCUGUACGAAUGUGCCCACUAGUACUCCUGAGUGGAGAGCCGCUGUUAAGCUUUAACAUUAUGUUACAUGAGCCUUUUCUCUUUAGAGUGAAUAAAUGAGCAUGCAAGCUUAAGAUCAGCGUGAAAUCAUGGCUUGAGUGUUUGUCAUAUCAGACAUCUCAAGUGUCUCUUGUUUAUGAUUAUGAAAGAACUGGGCUUUAAAAUUGAUGGUCCUUUUUAUGUAGUUGAUGCACACAGCGACAUCACACACACACACAGGCGGUGCUCCAAAAACUGCUGUGUGAAGUCUAGGAGCCAAUGUACUGUACACUCUCUCAGGUUUAGCCCAUUUGCGAUGACAGAGGUUCCUUUUUAGAUGUAGUGCGAUCACAAUGUUUUGGUGACAAAUGAUUUUGUUUGAAAUCACAGAGUGUAUGUGUGUGUUUUCUUAUCUAUACUUUAUUUUUAAUGUGUGUGUUGCAACAGUCUUUUGGGGGGGGAGGGGUUUUGAGUAUUGCUUGGGUGUGAUGAUUUAUCUGCUUGCCAGAAGACUGCAGAGAAGCCAUUGUCCCAGACAAGCAACCCCUACGCUAUUUGCACUUACUGAGAUAAAUGGUGGAGAUAAAAUAUUACAUAUCCUCAUCAGCAGAAUGCUGGAUCACACAAAAUAAUGACCAUACAGUUGAAUCAGCACCUCUGAAAACACUGAAGAGUUUAAUCAUGAGUGACUCUUAGUCAGGGGUUUUUAUCAAGCAAUUUUGGGAGUAAAGGGGGAGGAACUGUGGGUAAUGACAUGCAGCAAAGGCGUGGUAGAAAUGGAGCUGCUGGUUCCAGAGCUGGGUUUACAAAAUAAACUGUUAAAAUAGUGGAGUCCCGACUGUCUCUCUGAUGAAUAAUGAAGUUUCUUGAAGGAGAUGGGGUGCUUGGCUGUGGAUUAUAAAGCUGUUUUUGGUAAAUGUGUCAAAUAAACAUCAGUGUAUGCUGCAGAGCUACAAGUGCGUGUAGUGCUGAGUUUUACAGAAGUCGUAUUUAUUGCCACUGCAUGGUGAAACUGGAAGGUUCGGGUUCUGAAGACUGGUCUUGUGAGUAUUGUGAGUUUAAUAUGGUGCAAAACAGAAACAUAGUUCAAAAAGGUUCUAAUUCCCGGAGGAUUGAGUUUUAAUAGAAAAAUGUGUCAUUAAUGAAAGUAUUGGUAAUACUUUUUUCUUUUUUAUGAGACAUUCAUGAUGUGUUGACUGAUUGAAUUGCUACAGAAAAGCAGCAAUUAAAAAAAAAAAAAAUCAUGUUUGUAUUUAUUUGAGACUGUCUCUGUUUAAUGGAUUUCCAUUGUUAGAUGUUCUCUUUGUUUCUUUUUUGUAAGUUGUACAAAUUUGUAUGAGGUUAAUAUAUUUGUGCUCUUGGAGGAUACCUACUGAAGUGUUUGUGGUUGAGUGAUAUGUCUGUAUGUAAAUAAGUAUAAUAGCAUACAUGAUUUUAAAAAUAAAAAUUUAUAGAUUUAAAAAAA